AUAAAGAGGGAAUAAAGAAAAAAGAAACCCAAAUGACUCCCAACACCGGGUUCCUUUUCUCCUGCGUGUCGCUAUUGGAGAACCCGCAGAACCCGCAGAACACGCAGGCUUCCUAGUCCUCCACCCUCCUCACCAUCUUCAUCAUCGUCGCUUGCCGCAGCCUGUGCACCUCCAGGAAACGCAGAAGUGCACCCCUCCUCCUCCUCCUCCUCCUCCUCCUCCUCCUCCUCCUCCUCCUCCGUGCGUGAUUGUGCGUGAUUCCUCUCCGCCUGUAUAAUGCCGACACAUCUGCGGUUCCGGAGAAGGUCAUUCCUCGGGCUUUUAUUCCUGUUCUCCCUCUCCACCUCCGCGUUGUAUUUCAUCUACUCCGCCCCCGGGAUCGUGAACGAGUAUGUGUUCAUGGUCCAGGCCCGAGGGAUCCAGAUCAGAGAGAACGUGAAGAACAUCGGGGCUCAGGUUAUUGAGCAGGUGGUGAGAGGAGCUUACAGCGUCAAUGCCACAGAUUAUGCCUACGAGUUCAAUGUGAGCGAGAGUGAUGCUCCUCCCACCACAUACCUGCCCGAGGGCUUCACCUACCUCCCCUCUCAGGUUUGCCCUGAACGGCUGCUCGCCAUGAAGGGCAGGUUGGAGGUGAAUAUGACUGAGGUGUCUUUGGAGGAGGUGGAGAGGUCCUUAAUGGAGGGAGAUCCUAACAGGACCCCAGGGGGCUACUGGAAGCCCAAAGACUGUUUACCUCGCUGGAAGGUGGCAAUCCUGGUCCCGUUCAGGAACCGACACGAACACCUGCCCAUCCUCCUGAGACACCUGGUUCCAGUGCUGAAGAGACAGAGACUCCAGUUUGCCUUUUAUUUCAUAGAGCAGAGCGGUACGGAGCCUUUCAACCGAGCCAUGUUGUUCAACGUGGGCUACAAGGAGGCUAUGAAGGACCUGGACUGGGACUGUCUGGUCUUCCACGACGUGGACCACCUCAUGGAGAACGACAGGAACUACUACGGCUGCACGGACAUGCCCCGGCACUUUGCGGUCAAACUCGACAAGUACUCCUACAUGCUUCCGUAUAAUGAGUUCUUCGGCGGUGUCAGUGGCCUGACGGUGAAGCAGUUCAAAAAGAUUAAUGGAUUUCCUAAUGCAUUCUGGGGCUGGGGAGGAGAGGACGAUGACCUCUGGAACAGGGUGCAGUUCGCCAACUACUCAGUGAGUAGACCGCACAGGGACGAGGGACGCUACAUGUCAAUCCCACAUCACCAUCGCGGGGAAGUGCAGUUCCUAGGAAGGUACAGUCUUCUACGCCACUCAAAGGAGAGGCAGAGAGUGGACGGUCUCAACAACCUCAACUACUCCCCCCUGGUGUCCCGGAGGCCUCUCUACACCAACAUCACGGUCCGCCUGAGCAGAGAGCUCGCCCCCGUUGCUGACUACUGACGGUGGAACAGCCGGACUGCAAAAACACCUGGGAAUCAAAGUCCUCCGGGGCGUCAGCCAUAUCUCACCGGUCGCAGCACUGCUUAGGACUUUUUAGUUGAUCGAUUUUUUUGCUUCGUUUCUUUUGUUUGUAUGCAAAAAAGAAAAAAAAGGAAAAAAAACAAAGACUCAAAUAAGUAGGUUGGAUAAAUCAUAAGAAAUUAAGGAUAAAUGCUGCACUUGCUUGUGCCACAGUCCAUCACUCCUCUCAUCUGGGCUUAUCUGCUCUUCGGUCUCCACAUGCCUUGUUGCACCAUUUUGGCCUUCAGCAUCCAUUCAUUCAUUCUCUCAUCCAGUCAGAGAUUAGCUCAGCCCUACACGUGUUGAGCUUGUUGAUUAGAAUAAGCCACGACACACACACACAAACAUUCAACACAUGCACACACACACACACAGUUUGACUCACAUGUGCUGACCUGGUCCCCCGAGGCUUUUUUUUUUUUUUUUUUUUAGCUUUGCUCUUGCACUUCUUAUUUUUCAUAAAUGCAGUAAGCAUGUGAAAACAUUUGCAUGCACACAACGAGUGGACUCUCGCAGCUGGUUCUGCAGAAGGUUUGCCAAAAUCUACAAGUGAAGAGGAGCAAGAGGAGGAAGAAAAAUAUAUAUAAAGAGUGAGUGUUUUCAGUCACGUAUAUACUGUUUGUGAAAUCCUAACUUUAGAGAAUAUUAAUACCUUCAUCACCUCCUCACCAACUUUGUUUUGUCCUGUGAACUUACAAUUUUCUUGGAAACAAAAAAUGUGAUGUUUUUGUGUUUGCAUAGUGUCAUCGGAUGUUCUGGCUGUGUGUUGGGAGAGCGAGCGCUCCUCCUGUUAGCAAUAAGCUGUAACCUCAGACGGCAGACCCGACUUCCUCACUAUACAGAUGCAAUAGCGUGGGUGCUAGCACGCCCUUCUUAUUGGACGACAGACAUAUUUAAAAAAGGAGCGUCAGCGUAUGCAAACUUCACAAUCGACACACCUUUGCCUAAGCAAACGCGCCGCCCUCUUCAGUGUGUGUGUGUGUGUGUGUGUGUGUGUGUGUGUGUGUGUGUGUGUGUGUGUGUGUGUGUGUGUGUGUACAUAAGAGAGGGAGAGCUAUGCAAAUGGCCUGUUGUCAGUGUGAGGUCAUCAGGGUGACCCCUCCAGGAGGAUUCACCCCCGCAACAGACCCGCGUGCAGGUCCAGGCCAGGGAGAGACGACCGGUUUGAUUUUAAAGAUCCCACGUCCUCGAUGUUUAAUCACAUUCAUUGUUUAUUGUGUUUUUGGGGAGAGAAUCGGAGGUAGAGAAUACUUGACUGCUGUCACUGUCACUUGUGUUUACAGAAGCUUUGGCUUUGUGAUUUUCUUUUGUCCUUCAGAUGGUCUGGUGUUUGUAACACUGUUAGCCAGCCCUCCUCCACUGUGGCUGCUGUGAGAACUGUGUCUCUUCAACAACCUUAUCUAUGGCUGCCUUUAUUUUUUUAUUUAUUUUUAAACUGACUCUAUCUAAACGUGAAUAUGGGGGGAAAAAAGCAGAUGUGAAUGCUUAUUCUAGAUUAUUAACCACUGAUUAGCUUUGUUUGCAUCCGGCCAGUGAGUUUGUUUUGCGUCAAAAAUAAAUGAAGACGUCAGUCUGAGUAGUUUCUGGUUUUACCCAACACUGUAGUGAAACAGACUGAAAAAAAGUCCCCUCUCUUUUAUUUGUGUUUGACAGUGUUGAUUUUGAGUAAAAUAUCCCAAUACUGUAAAUGUAGUUCUUUUUUUUUUUAAACAGAAAUAGCUAUUUUCAUUUCACACAAAAUCGCCUUGUAUGCAUUUCUUAAGAUGUAUCUUUUUUGGGGGAGGAGUUGGAAAUGUUCCCGUAAUGAAAUAAGAAGUAAAGAGGCUGGACCUCGUUUUAUUUAUUUGAUCUUUUUAAUGGAUUAUUUUCUGUAAUUCUUUUUUGUUUUGCGGUUGAUGUGAUGACGUAGUAGGUGACAUACGACCGUGUUAGAUGCACUGAAACUUGUAGUUAUGUGUAUUUUUAUGUGGGAUUGUGAGGUUGGGGUCCGUGUAGACGACGGGGAGCCGUUCCAUUUCCCCUUGAGACGCAGGUUUCCUUCUCUCCGGAGACGAAUGAGCUGCGAUUUGAAAUGGAACAGGACCCCCCCCCCCCUGAUGUGUGUGUGUGUGUGUGUUAAUCUGCUGAAACAGACAGUGUUGGAGGAGGCCAUUUUGUGUGACAACCACAGGAAGAGCGAGACAGAAUCAGAAACAAUGCUACCGGUCGGCGUCUUCCUCUGGGCGCCUCCUCUGGGCGCCUCCUCUGGGCGCCUCCUCUGGUCUAAUUGAUAAUCGAUGGUGCUGACCUUUUUCCAGAGCUCCCUCUGAAGGAGCCUCUCUCUACGUGCUCACUGGGGCCGAUCUCAACAUCAUAAAAAUGGCGUCGACGGGGCCAAACGUCCCCUCAGACCUGCUGCCUUUUCAUCCCGAAGCUAAUUUGUGUAUUUCCUGCUUCGGCACAAACAGACGCACGUGUUUACCUCCUAACCGCUCUCUGGGGAGGCGCCCACUGGAAGCCACGGCCGCUAGCAGCAUUUGUGUUAAGUUUUUCUUUUCCACGUGUGUUUGAGUGAAAUGGCAAAAAGAAAUGAAACUUCCUCCAUCUAGAUUUUAAGUUGUGUUUUUUGUUUUUUUUGUCUCCCAGCACUGAUAUGAAAAUGAUUUAUAGUAAUCCCGUUGUGAACAACUCGCAGGUUCUUUUGACACUCUAGAUUUUUUUUUUUAAAUCAUUGCUUUAAAUUAAAAGCUAGAUGGACAUAGCAUAAGCCAAAUGGUUUUUUAGAUUGUUUUUUUCGAGGUGAGGAAUCUGACCUCUCCAUAGACAUUUCUCAGAGUCAGUAUUUUAGGCUCUUAACUCCGCGAUGUAGAUCGAGCAGCUUCAUGAGCCAAUCAUCUGGCUACUCGACAGUUUUGUCCACUAUGACUUAAAUAUCACGGACAAACCAGUCAGUGCUCUACUGCUUUUUUAUUUUUUUAUUUAAAAACAGGAAAUGUGUUUUCAGUUUGUGAUAAGAGCAUGCUGGCUAGUCGUGUCCAUCUUGGAUCUGUGACCAUGUAUGUUAUAUAUAUAAUAUAUAUAUAAUUCAUGGUCCGAGACCCAGGCCGAGCCUACUGCUCACUAAAGAGGCUUCCAUAAUCCCACCUGCUCUGAUCCAUUCUGUACCAGUUUAAAUGAAGGGACCAUUUGUUUGGGCAUCUGACAAGACUGGCAGCCUUAAAAGCUUCUUAAUUUAUUGCAGUGUUUUUUCACUCAAGGUCUUUUUUUUUUUUUUUUUUUGGGUUUUUUUUUAUAAGCAAAAACAAUUAUUUAAAUUGAAGAAGAAAAAAAAGUGCAUAUCAAGAAAAAUGAUCAUUGUAAAUAAUUGUUGUGUGUAGUGUUUUAGAAAUUCUAUAAAGGUCUUAAAAAUCACUACAGAUGCUAGCAUAAAGAACAAGGCUGUGGAGGGGAUUCUGUCUGGAAGGUUCAUCUGGUGCCAUUGAAGUGCUAGUGAAGCUUACGCAGCGACAUCAAUGUUUUUACAUCACCGCUUCCCUUCACGGCUCCUCUUUUUUAAAUAAUAUAAAUAUCCGUAUCCCACCAAUUUUUAGAUUCCUCUCACAACCGCUCCCUUUAGCCGCAGAGGAGAUGUUUCAUGGCGUCGCUGUCCAGAAGACGUUUAGCGUCCUCAUUUCUGAACGCGAGGCGUCUUCUUUGACAGUUCGGGGGGGUCAACCCGUAGGUCAGAGGAGAGCGACCCCGUCAGCCAAAUAACACCAUAUGCUUACAAUGCAAUGAAACAUAGGCACCCAAACCAGCGACACAGUCCUCUCUAAAAAAAAAAAAACCUCACAGAUUCAUUCUUUUUGUAUGAAAGCUAACUAUUUACAAAAAAAAAAGGAUACAGAUUGCUAAAUUUAAAGUCUAUAAAUAUAUAUCUUCUUCUCUGAUUGUAAGGAGACCAUUUCUCCUUGAAUUGAAGCCAUUUGAAGCCACUUGUCGAAAACUUGAUGUCAGCCUUAUGUGGAUCUGUUUGUGUAUCGGCAUAUUAUCUUUUGAUUAUUGAAAUUUGUAUGAUGGAGAUUUUUCUUUUAUACCAUCAUUGUUAUUGUCAAAGUACACCAAUAAAAUGAAACUUGUAAAGAUACAGUACUCCGGUUCCUGCCUUCUGUUUUUGUUCCGUGUGUUCAGGUCCAUUUAGAUUCAGUGUGUUUGUCUGAAACCUCUGCUUCUGAUCGAUCAUCUCCUCUCCAUGUGG